AUGAAAUCUGUUAUUGAAGUAAGCAAUAACUUUCAAAUUAAGAAUUCAAUAACAAACUUUAAAGAAUUGGCCCUUGAUGACGUUGCAAAUUUUUUGAAUACGGUCCAUGGACUCGAAGAUUUAUUCGACGAUGGCAUUUUGAGAAAUUUAAUUGCAGAAUUCGGUGACAAGAGAUGCUACUGUUCAGUAAAUUGGAAGUCUCAAGGUGCCGGCGGCUUUGGCCUUUUAAAUGAUGUGGUUAAUGAUUUCUUUAGUGCCUUAAAAGCAUUAAAAAAUGGUGGUUUGAACUUAGAAAAUCUUUACUUAAUGGGAUAUUCAGAGGGCGCUCUCGUUGCUGAACUUGUAGCUCAGGCCUUAAAUGAAUCAGAUUGA